GGGCAGAGCAGAGCGAGGAGGUUGGGUGUCGGAGCGGCCUUCUCCCGCUCCCGCUGUUGGCGUCGGGCCGUGUGGCGGCGGCGGAGGCGGCGGUUGCCGGGCCAUGGUUCGUCGCGCCCGGCUGGCGCUGGUGGCGGCGGCGGCGGCGCUGGUGGCGCUGGGGGCGCCGGUGUGCGAGGGUGCGCGGGCCCUGGAGUGGUACACGGCGUGGGUGAGCACGUCCUACGUGGAGCCCCUCAGCAACCGCACGGUGCAGGGCAACACGGAGAGCGGCCGCUACGGGGACAGCUCGCCCAAGGAGAGCGCCCAGGGCCUGGUGGGCAUCCCCCGCGGAGCCUCGUCCCGCUACAUGGAAGGCUGCGCCACCGACACCGACUACGAUGUACCGCUGCCGCCCGGCGGCCGAGGGACCCCCGAGGGUGACCCGCUGCCCUGGAUCGCCCUGGUGGCCCGUGGCGGCUGCACCUUCAAGGACAAGGUCACCAACGCGGCGCGGAAACGGGCGGCCGCCGUGGUCAUCUACAACGAGGCCCGCUUCGGCAACAGCACCGUCUCCAUGUCCCACCUGGGAACAGGAAAUACAGUGGUGAUAAUGGUUGGUUAUCCAAAAGGAAUAGAAAUAUUGGAGCCAGUACGAAGAGGGAUUCCAGUAAAAAUGACUAUUGGUGUUGGCACAAGACAUGUGCAGGAAUAUAUUAGUGGUCAGUCAGUUGUGUUCGUAGCCAUCGCUUUCAUCACCAUGAUGAUUAUAUCGCUUGCCUGGCUCAUAUUUUACUAUAUACAACGUUUCCUGUAUACAGGAUCACAGUUUGGAAACCAGGGACAUAGGAAAGAAACGAAGAAAGCCAUCAGCCAGCUUCAGCUGCAUACUGUGAAACGUGGAGAAAAGGGUUUAGAUGUUGAUGUGGAAAACUGUGCUGUGUGCAUUGAGAACUAUAAACUGAAAGACACUGUCCGAAUUCUGCCAUGCAAGCACAUCUUCCAUAGAACAUGCAUUGACCCCUGGCUUUUGGACCACCGAACUUGUCCAAUGUGUAAACUAGAUGUUAUCAAAGCUUUGGGAUACUGGGGGGACCCUGAAGAUGUACUUGAAGUUCCAAUACCUGAAUCAAUAAGUGGCAGUGUUUCAGUGGGAAGCCUGAGUAUUGCUUUACAAGAUGAUGACAGAAAUGAAGUGAGUGAAUUGUCGGCUUCCUCCACUAAUGAAUCUGUACUGCAAUGUACCAGUUUAAAAGAGGAUGCUGGUGAAACCACAGCAUUACUUGAUGUGGAUGUAAGUAAUAACCGGCAUGGAGAACAUCUGUCUAAUGGAAGUACCCACUGAACUCUGCUUCGUGGAAGAUACCUUGAAUAGACUGCUGAAGAACUAUUAUUUUUUAUUUAAUUAGUAUGGACUUUUGUCUAGUUAACAGGAAAAAUAAUGUAAAUUAUUUUACCUUUCAAACUUUUCUAGCUGGUGUUCCAAAAGGGCUAAUAACUAAGAAUUUUGUACACAGGAGGAUUUUAUAAAAUCUCCUCUGGAUGUCUCAUCCUAAAAAAAAAGAUGCAAUAACCCUUUUUCUGUAAGCGUUGUUACAAUGUCAUUGUGUUUCAGAGGGCUGUAACAAAGAUGAAGACUAGGCAGUGAAAACAAUGUAGAAUGUCUAAUGGAAACUUUUUUGGAUAUGCACUAUUUACAUUCAGUAGGUACACAUGGAGAACACUUACAAGGCUCCAACUAUUAAAAUGUUCUGAAAAUUCU